CUCUUGAAGUUUGCAGGCGAUUUCCUUUCCAGCCCCGGCCUUAUCUCGGCCCGCACGUUGCCGCGCGGUGACUAAUAGCAGAAUAACAUUGUCUCGGGAUAAAAUAGCGCCGGGGCUGUUUACCCGCUCCAUGGGGGUUCGCUAUAAAAGGGCGCCGGGGACCGCCGCGCCAGCCAGACGCGCCGGGGCGCACCGAGCCGCACCACGCAGGGCACCCGCCACGGCGCUCGGUCCUCACGCCGGGAGGCACUUUCCGCGCUUUUUUCUCGACUUUUAUUAAUUUUCCCCCCUUUUCCACACCCCUAUUUUUCCGUCCGCCCUCCGCCGCCUGCUAUGGAUUAUUCCCAGAUGAUCGUCUCGCUGCUCUUCGUGCUCUGCCCGGGGCUGCUGCCGGCAGCCCCCGGAGCCGAGGUGGACGCCGCGCCGCCCCCCGCCGCCGCCGCGCACCGCCGCGCCCGGCGCUGCUCCUGCUCCUCGCUUCUGGACGAGGAGUGCGUCUACUUCUGCCACCUCGACAUCAUCUGGAUCAACACUCCAGAGAAGACUGUUCCAUAUGGUCUCGGAGGCCCUUCUCGAUCCAGAAGAUCACUGAAGGACACGGUGCCGGAGACACUCACUGAACCCAGCAGCAGAUGCCGAUGUGCAAACCAGAAGGACAAGAAAUGUCUGAACUUCUGCCAGACAGGAAAAGAUCUCUGGGCUCAGUCCACUGUGGAGAAAACCUCACAUCACCGCAUCAAAGCCGGCAAGUGCAUCGCACCCAAAUGCAUGAACCGACAGCUUGUUGACAGCAAGAAAACGAAGUGGCUGGAAACCAUUGGUAACAGUAUCAAAGCUUCCUUCAGUAUUGCAAAGCUGAAGGCUGAGCUCCAGAAAGGACAGAAGCUCAAACAUAACAGGGCGAACAAGAGGCAAAGCAUCUGGGAAAGCCUGAAAGCAUCCUAGUGGGAAGAUCACCUGAAUCUUUCUCCAAAACGUUUGCUGACAAAGCAUCACCAAAACUCUCUCUUGAUUCCAACAUUCCAAGAUGGUGAAGGGCCUCUCUGUCCAAGUGUUUGCCCAGCGGAGCAAAAUGAUAAGGAGACCCUGUAUUCGGAGGUAUAAAAACAAAGGAUUUUAUAAUUUUUGGAAUUCAGAUGGAUGGGUUGAAGGGAAAUCCACGGUCACAUACAUGAAAAGACAUCUGUCUGAGGAAAUAUUUGAAUAUUGCUUCUGGAAACUUACCCAUCGGUUGAGCAGCUUUCAGAGUCUACAAUCAAAAGCAUCUUGCAAGGAAGACCUCACAGAUGUGCUUAGCAAGGACAGCAAGCAAGAUCUAAGUGUACAAACUUCAAAGCGAAGAACUCUACCUUUUCAUUAAAAUGCAAAAAUGAAAGCCACAGUGCUACUUUAAUCAGGACUUACUGCUUAUAUACAUGUCUACCUCGCGUACUGUUUGUUGCACUCCUUCUAGAGUAUUUUUACACCUUGUUAUUGCCUUUACUAAUCAGCUGCAACCCUUUGUCUUUUUCAGAAGUCUAGUUUACUUGUACAACCAGAGUUAUCUGAAUGUGGGUUAGACACUCUGGUUGUUUGCAUAGUCAAAGUCCUUUGGUUUUGGAUACCAAAGGACUGUUCAACAUAAAAUAAAAGUUAGAGGAUACUACUAAGUUUCCCAUAACAAGGAUAUUUGGCUAACUGAAGUUCUAAUAAUAGAGGUUGUUGUGUCUCACAUGCCACCAAAAAUGCAUUGAAGUGGGGAUGUACCAGAGGCUAUUGUGAGAUUUAUUCAGGGCCUUUUUUGCUGGAAAUAAACUUAAACAAAGGGUUGUUUUGAAUUAAGUCAAAAGGCUAAUAUUGGGUGAAUGUUUAUAGCAGUGAAUUUGUUCACAUUGUUGAAUUUGCUGACAGGUUGAAUUCUUAUGUGCUUAUUUUUUGUGUCUUGUAUUUAUAUUCACACAAGUUCUUCAUUAUAUUUACCAUGUUGAAUACACAUUGAAGUAGGCCAUAUUGGUCUAUGCAUGUUUUAUGUAUUUCUGUAUGAAAUUGGGAAAUGCUUUAUGCCUAUCAAGGUAAAUAUCUUUGGAAAUAAAUAUUUUUAAUUACUGUA